AUGCGUCCUCAGAAUCGAGAUACGCACGCCUCCCUCCUUCCCUCAAGCUGCCGGGGCCGGUCCAGACAUACACCGGAGGGAGAAUUCCUGCCACURGACCAGUGUGAGCUGGAUGUUGGAUUUGGAACUGGAGCUGACCAGCUGUUUCUAGUUUCUCCUUUAACCAUCUGCCACGAAAUUAACUCAGAGAGCCCCUUUUUCAGCCUCUCACAAAGAUCACUACAAAGCGAGCAAUUUGAAAUAGUUGUCAUCCUUGAAGGAAUCGUUGAGACUACUGGAAUGACAUGCCAAGCCAGGACCUCGUACACAGAAGAUGAAGUCCUUUGGGGUCACAGGUUCCUCCCAGUGAUGUCUCUGGAAGAUGGCUUUUUCCGGGUCGAUUAUUCUCAGUUUCAUGCUACAUUUGAAGUCCCCACUCCUCCUUACAGUGUUAAAGAGCAAGAAGAAAACCUGUCCCUGUCAUCUCUUAGUCCUUUUGACAAGAAAACCAGAAGAGAACAGGUUUGUCCACUUGACUGUGUUGAUAUCACAGGAGAGAAGAAUAAGCUGCCUUUAAAACUUCAGAAGAUUAGCUCAGGAAGAGAAGGCCUUCCACAGAGAGCCCUGGGAAUGAGUUCCAGUAACACAGGGAAGACUUUCAGUACUGGAGAUCUCUUGAAAAUUCAAGAAAUAGGUCCCACYUCUGAUGGUGAAGACAGUGAUAACAGGAUACAAAUGAAAGCCUUAAAAAGAAAUGCCAAGGAUUUGACUCAAUCUGCCAACGAUCUCGAGUUACAGAAGGAUUUUCCAAGUAUGGGCACUCUAGAGGUGAAAUUAGAAGAUAAUUUCCCUGCCAAACUUURAAAAAUUAACUCUGAUUGCUUCUAAGAGCUGAAGAAACAGGCAGUGUUGCUGAUAAACUGCGUUUGAGACUGCUGCCCUGAAAGAGCUGUUUCACAGUAAAGUCAUCACUUGGUUUUGCUACUUUCAGCAAGAAGGAUCCUUUUUGUAUAAUUGUUCUGUACAGAUCCAAUUUGGGUAGCAUAAUAGGACUUGGAGGGGCAAUAAGAUUACCCUGUCAUGCCAAAGAGAUUCCUGCCCUAAUGAUCUCCAUCAGCAUGCUCAUUCCAUGUAUGCAGAUGCUUUUUCACGAUGCAAGGAUCAGAUCUUUAGUCACAGAAUGAAGUUCAAAAACGAAACCAAAAAGUGUGUAACACCAGCUGAARCCUGGUUUUGUGCAGCUCAGAUCUUGGACUGUUCCUGAUUUAYAGAACAGCAGAAUACAAGAGGAAUAAGUGACACUGCCCAGUUGUAGCCCAGCUCUGUCCCAGUGACCCCUUUGGAAGGUGGCCUUCCUGAUGGCAUGCAUCCUUCCUUCCCAGGAAUUGUGACUCCCUCUGUGCUCCCAGUGUCUCAUUCAUGAUCUUUCAUCUGAAGGAAGCAGUUUCCAAUAACCAUUUGGGUUUAUUUGACUCACAUGAGUUCUCAAACAUGAGGAUCAUUUAUCCUGUCCAGAAUUGGACCUCAGCAUUUGAUUUGGUGGAUCACAUGUUGAAUUUUAAUGACCAUAUCACCACUCACUGUGAAGGAAACUUGAGACCGGUAGCUCAACUUAAUGGAAUAUUUUAUACUGCAACUAAAUGAAAUUUUAGUUUGGAGACACUGUAAGUAAAUAAAAGCAAAGUGCURAAUAGUGCUUUGUCAUUACACAUCUCAGUUUUACUAAUGAAUGGUAGURUGUUUGGUGUUGCUAAUUUUAAUUUUGUUAUAUUUGCCUUCUCUAUUUACAUAUGAUUCUCAGUAAUUUUGUAGAUCUGAUAUUUAUUGCUAUUCAGCUCAGUCUGUGAAAGAGGCCUUUCCUUCCCUGGUUGUUAGUCAGUGUAAAYACACCUUGCUGUUUUAUAGGCACUAUUCAGUAGCUCAGCGUAUCAGGUGUUUAUCACCAAAGCAGCAGCAGCAGCAAAGCACUCUCCAGCAGAAGGAUCAAAUUCUGCUCUUGCUUUGUGGACAAAAUUCAGUCAAAUUUAAAAGGGGUGGCAGUGGCCAUGUUGUUUGGCAAUGCCUUCCUGGAUGGUAAAGUGAUAUAUCCAAGCCAGGAAUAACUUGGCUUGCAGAAAUCACUGUUUCUUUCUUUUCAUCUGUCUACAGUGUGAAACUGGAAAAUGGUAUUUUAUGCAGGGAUAAGAUUUGCUGCUUGUUGUUGUUUAUUUGUUCUCAACAUGGAUUUCAACAAUAUGUAUGUGCUAAAAUCUGUAUUUUCAUUUAUUAACUGUAUUUGUAUGGAAUAUUUAGAUGACAGCAUGAAGUCUUAAAUCAUGAUGAUGACUCUCCCUACUCUUCAGAACAGCCAAAAUUAGUAUAAAAUAAAAUYACA